GGAUUUCUACGCGAUUACGCGAAAGAUCUUUGAGAAGAUGAAGUCGUUUGGGAACUUGACCUUUGGCCUACUCGUCAUCCUUAUGGCAUGCCUUACUGUUCGCUCGGAGGCUCGUCGCCUGGCUCUGCGUCCACUGACAGGAAGGGAACUGAGAAGGGCUCUUAGAGAAUCCGGAUUCGAUGUGGAUUCCGCAGCUGGAAGAUCAGUGGCAUCCGCUUUGACCGGACUCAGUGGAUUCGCCCUGGGCAUCACAAAGGGCAUAGGUGGCUCGAUUCUGUUCGAUGUGGUCACCUCGAACGUGACCAUUGAUUACAUCACCAGUCUGCUGAACUCCACUGCCUCUUCAUCGUCCUCAAGCAGCAGUGGAACCGCCCAGGAGAUCUGUUUCAACAGUCGCAGUGUCGACGGAGAGGUCAUUAACGGCAGGAGUAAUGGCUAUAAUGGCAUGGAUGAUGACGCAGAACCUAAUGGCGAGUGGAGGCAGACCGAUGGUACUGGUACUGGCACUGGUACUGGCACUGGUACUGGCACUGGUACUGGCACUGGUACUGGCACUGGUACUGGUCCUGGCCCUGGCAAUGGCCUCACAUGCAUUGUCCUGAGCAAGGAGGGUUCCCGUCGCCGGCGUCAGUUGCGGAUCCGUCCAGGAACCUUGAGAUCUGUGUAUCCGGAACGCCAUCGGCAGUCACUGAAAAAGUACAGCAGGCAACGGGUUUAG